AUGGAUGUCGGAAAUAGAGACAAUGACCUCUAUAUAAAAAAGAGUGUUGAAUUAGAAGCUCUCCUCCAAAAUCAUUUUCAACAUCGGCAACAGUCCAAAAAAGCUUUGAAAGAACGACUUCAUGAAGCUGAACUGGAAAUAAAACGUCUUCGACAGAGUCUUUUCACGGUUUCUGAAGAAUUGAAGACUGAACAGUCAAAAUAUGGCGUCCUUAAGGCACAAUUUGAGCAAGCUGAAAGACGCCAUGCUUCGGAGCUUAUUGAGAAAGAUAAGUUCAUUCAAGAAAGAAUUAACAAUAUUGAUGAGCAAGCACGACUUCUUGCAACAAAAUCUGAAGAAUGUGAAUGUCGAUUACAAAGCCUAAAACAACAAGAGGAAGCAUUUUUACAUCGCCAACAACAGUUACAAGUAUAUCAGGCGUCCAUUGAAGCUAGUAUAAUACCGGCACAGAAGCACGCAGAAGCUGAAAGACUUCGUAUGCAACGAGCACGCGAAGAAUCAGAAGAAUACCUUGAGAAGGUAAAAGUGUUUACUGAUGCUGCGAAACGUCGUAAACACGACCUUGAGUCAUUGUACAAUUAUGAAAUGAGAUGUUUUGAUCUAGAAAGGGAAGAGUCAUCCACACGAAUGCGUAUCAUGAGAAAGGAAAUGGAAGCAGUUGCUUAUCUUAUUUCUUCGCGUGUAUCACAUGUCUCGAUUUAUGAAGGCAAGGCUAUUGAACGAAUUCGUCUAAAUGAAGAAGAGAUGUCAUCAAAAAAAUAUUUAUUAGAACUAAAGGAAAAAGAAGUCAAUUCGCGUCACCAACGUGAACAGAAACUUUUAUUAGAGGAAAAGGAACGAAUUAAUGCCUUUAGAGACUCGCUACAGCGCGAUUAUAGGCUUAUCCUAGAUAAUGUUCGUUUGCUUUCUGGAGAAUGUUCAUUGGAUGCGGAACAGUCUCAACUUGAGAAACUGAAGGAUCUUGAAAAGGUCAUUUCGUCAUUGCUAGAUGAUUGUCAUUCGGGUUUAGAAAAGAAGCUGUGA